AUGCAACUGCUAAGAAGUGUUGUCUUAUGGAUCUGGCUAGCAGCAGCUGGACCUAAAUGUCUUAUUUCGUUAACCGCGGGCUAUCAGGUCCAAGUCCGUAUACCCGUGUGGGAUGUUGGAGGCAUUAUCUCACGUGUUACGGGUCUUACCAAGGGGCAAGCCAACAAUCAGAAGAAGAAAGAUCGACCCAACUAUGAAGAGUAUUGGGCGCCCUCAUAUGGAUACUAUGAUCCUUCACCGCCAAUUUAUCCGCCGCCACCUUACUAUCCAUAUCCUCCGUAUGUGCCACCCACCAGUCCGCCGUGGCCAACACCUGGACCACCAACUAAGCCACCAACGAAGCCACCAACAAAACCACCAACAAAACGUCCAACUAAGCCACCAACUAAGCCACCAACUAAGCCACCAACCAAGCCACCAACCAAGCCACCAACAAAACCACCAACUAAGCCACCAACUAAGCCACCAACGAAGCCACCAACUAAGCCACCAACGACAACAGAGCCUCCAACCGAUUCAACAACUGAUGUGACAACGGAGGCAACAACUGAUUCAACAACUGUUGUAACAACGGACGCAACAACUGAUUCAACAACUGUUGUAACAACGGACGCAACAACUGUUGUUACCACGGACGCAACAACGGAUGCAACCACUGAUGCAACAACUGUUGUAACCACGGACGCAACAACGGACGCAACAACGGAUGCAACCACUGAUGCAACAACUGUUGUAACAACGGACGCUACAACAGAAGCAACAACGGACGCAACAACAGACGCAACAACGGACGCAACAACUGAGGCACCAACAAAUCCUCCUAUCCGAAACCUCUGUUCAAUAUAUCCCUACCUUCCAGAGUGUCAGAAAAUGAAAUCAGUGCACCUGAAAAACAAUAAUUUAAGCAAUGUUUUUCAGCCCGAACAGAAGCUCUCGAUCGAAACUAUGCCACACUCGGUGACAUCGCUUUGUUUCUACUAUCCCCGCUUGUGCAUGAAGCCCGAAGAAGCUCAGUUCGUAAGAUUGUCGGACAAGAACGGAAGACCGUUGCUUUUAAUAUCCCCAGUUGAUGGGAAACCAUCGCAAUCUUUGGCGCAGAAUAGGUUUCGGCCAAACGGAAAAAGAGUUUCUUAG